UGCGAUUUACUAAAAUAUUUCUUAUUGUGCAGUUCAACAAAAUUAUGUGUACAUCUAAUAUUUGGAUUUUUUUUUCUUUUCUUUUUUUUUCUUUUCUUUUCUCUUCUUUUCUCUUCUUUUUAUGUUUUAUUAGUUUGUGAUAUUUGUGGGAGAACAUUCAGACAACUUCGCAAGCUUAAAAUGCAUCGCAAAACUCACGAAGAUGUCCGAGAAGCUUACUUCUGCCCUCUUCCAAAUUGUGAUAAAUACUUUUACCAGGAAAACAACUUGGCUACACACAUUAAGGAGAAGCACGAAAAGAGCAAGAUAUACCAGUGUGGCAUCUGUGACAAAUGUCUAGCUAGCAAGCAAAAAUUAACACAACAUAUGGCAACCCACGCACUAGAUUAUAAAAGGAACUACACAUCCAAAAAGCCAAGGAAACCUCGUAAAGACAAAGGUGUUUCAAGGACAGAUUAUUCACGUCUGCUGUCUGGGUACUAUGAAGACGAAGAAGAAGCUACUGAUGUCAGUCCAAAAGACGAUGGUGAAGUCAAGGACAUGGACACUAAUCAUGUAGUCACUGAUAGUCAGCAGGAAACUGCAGUAGAAAGUAAAGGUGAAGAAGAAAUGGAGUGCGAGUGAUGUGAAGACAGGCUUUAAUUGAUUUAUACAUUUAUUCUUAAAUAUGCCAAGGAAUUGCCAGUGAUAUUUAAAGCUUAAGAAUAUUAUAUUGGUACUACUUUCAGUUUUGCAUAGUGAAGUGUAUGAGAUUUGUCAUUUAUAGAUUUUAGUAAAAAAUUUAAUCUGUAUACAAGUUUGUGGGUCUGUCUGUGAUUGCAAAAAAUGCUCAUCUUUAGUUAUUAAUGGAAAAAAAUCCAUUGGUCUCACUAAACUUGUACAUCUCACAUGUAAAAUGCAUCAUAAAAUGCAUAUGGAUAUUUUCAAUGCUUAUAGCUUUAUGUGACUGAUUGUGAGUUUGCUGAAGAAUAGUAGUUAAUAACAUAGUAACAUGGGGUAUUAAAACACUCUUGGUUAUAAAUGUAUUCAUUUAUUGAU